AUUAAAAAUCAAUAAUCGAUAGAUAUUAAUAUAAUAAUUAUUUCUUUAAUCUGAAAUCUGUAAUGUGGCGAAGCGUUAGCGUUUGUGAUUAAGGCAGCACAAUCGACCCAACAGCCAAACAUUAAACAGUAGCAAGCAGCUGCGUUUGCGUGCUGAGUGUAAUUGUGUAUGGUGAUGGUGUAAGCCAGUGUAAGCGUUCUUCCUACUUUAGAAGUAACGCGUGAACGGCGUGAACGGUGCGUGUGCAAGAAUAGUUAGAGUAUAAUCAAAUUUGACGUUGGGAAAGGAAAUGAGUGAUGCCGAACUACAGGUGGAGGAAUGCGAAGUACUUCUUUCGAUAUACGAAGGAGAUCCAGCUUUUAAACAGUUGACACCAACUACUUUCCAAUACAAGUAUGGAGAAGAUAACGAUAUGAAGUCAUUCUUAUUGGAAAUCUCAUGGGGUGCGACGUAUCCAUCAGAAAGGCCUAUUAUUAACAUGAACACUUUCUACAAUAAACACAUUGUGCAAGAAGUAAAAGACAAAGUGGUUCAACAUGUGGAAAUGGAGGCUGAUCAAUGGUUGGGCAGUGCGAUGACCUACACAUUGUUUCAAUCUGUUCAAGAGCAUUAUACAGAAUUGAUUUCUGCACAACCAGAUUCUAAUGACUUGAACACCCAAACGAGCCAGCUUAAAAUAGCGGAUGAGAAUCAACAGUUGGAAGAAUCAACAAAAAGACCAAAGAAAGAACAUCUGACUAAGGCUCAAAAGCGUAGGCAAUGGAAUAAGGCAGACGGAAAAGGGGAGAGACCAAGAGGAUGGGACUGGGUUGACAUAGUAAAACAUUUAUCACAGACUGGUCCUAAGCAAGAACAGGAAUCUUAGUUGAACUUCAUUGAAAUAUUUGUACAGGUUAAAGGCGUGUUAUAUUUUUAUAAAUUAUUGGAAAUAAACUGGUUUCCAUAUCGGUUUUA